AGUUUAGAGCAGUGGCCCCAGUUCACCACAGCGUUGCGCACAGCUCGCCAAAUACACACAUAGUAGGAAAUGUGCAGCUCUUAGCAAGGAAAACGAUGUUUAAUUUAACCAUUGUUAUGUGUUGAUAUUUAAAAACUAACAUGGAGUUUAAUACUACGCUAUCAGGACGCAACUUCAUAGACUUGCGCAUUUUAACGCAGAAACUUCUCUCUUCGGCGAACCGGUCCCUGUCAUUUCUGGACAAUGAAACGGAAAGCGUCUCCGAGGAGGAUUUGGACGUAAAUACAGACAUCUAUUCUAAAGUUUUUGUUACUGUGAUUUAUGUGGUGUUGUUUGUAAUCGGACUUUUUGGGAACUCGAUCACCCUUUACACACUUCUCACGAAGAAAUCUCUUCAAAACCUCCAGAGUACGGUGCACUAUCACCUGGCGAGUCUGGCCAUAUCCGAUCUGCUCAUCUUGAUCCUCUGCAUGCCCAUUGAGUUAUACAACUUUAUCUGGGUUCAUCACCCGUGGGCUUUUGGGGAGGCUGUUUGUAAAGGGUAUUACUUUCUGCGGGACGGCUGCUCGUAUGCGACGGCGUUCAACAUCGCCAGCCUGAGCGUGGAGCGCUUCAUGGCCAUCUGCCACCCGUUCAAGGCGAAGAGCAUCAUGUCGCGGAGCCGCACCAAGAAACUCAUCAGCGCUAUGUGGGUCGCGUCUUUUCUCCUGGCCACUCCGAUGCUCUUCACCAUGGGGCAGCGACUGAUAAAAGACGAAUUUAUAUGCACCACUAUCGUGUCCUCGAUCACUGCUAAAAGCGUCCUACAGGUGAAUGCCUUCCUGUCCUUUGUGGUUCCCAUGGCAGUGAUCUCAGCAUUAAAUGGUGUUAUAGCCAGCCAGUUGCUGCGCAUGUUUCGGGAGUCUGCUCAGGACAAUCGCAUCUGUAUCAUCGGAGGCAACGCUACCAUGCUCAGUGUUGCUGUUGAACCCAACCGUGCCCAAUCAAUGCGCCAUGGAGUCAUGGUGCUGCGUGCCGUGGUCAUUGCUUUUGUGGUGUGCUGGCUGCCAUAUCAUGCUCGAAGACUAAUGUACUGCUAUGUCACUGAAUGGACAACAGCUCUCUUCGAUUUCUAUCACUACUUCUACAUGAUCACCAAUGUGCUCUUUUAUGUCAGCUCGGCCAUCAACCCCAUCCUCUACAACCUCGUCUCGGCCAAUUACCGGCAAAUUUUUUUUUCCACGCUUCGCUACCUAAUCCUGCCAUGCCGCCAUAAGAAACAGAAGCACGUUCUCACCAGACACUCAAUCAGCAUCUGCAGCAACCAGACCUUCUCCACCAGUGUCAUCAAAGAAACCAUUUACUGAACGCUGUCAAGAUUCAGCCAAUCCAUUCCUCUGUUUCACUCAGUUUCAAGGAGAGACCGCUGAAGCGAAGAAUGUUUUCAUACUGGGUUAUUAUUACAAGAAUUAAUAAUAUCCAUGCUACUGAAUCACCAUAUUGAGCUUUUAAACAGUGCAGAACUGAGAUGCAUACAAUGUUUAAAUAAGGAAAUGUAGCACAAAAUACACACUAAAAAACAAAGAACUAUGUGCAGAACCAGUGUAAAUACAAAAAAAGCUAAUGUAUAUCCAGAUGUAUUCAUUGUUUCUCAUUCAGAGUAUAAAAUGUAUAUCUAUGUUGUGCAGCUAAAAGAGUGAAAAUAGAAUAUAUAUAUAU